AUGGCAGCACCAAGGGAGAUGAAGAAUAGGCGGUCGCUCCUGAGCCGGGUUGACUCGUACGUUGCUGACACCCGGGUCGGGAAGCAGUUCAAGCUCACGGAGCGGAACACCACCUUCAGCACCGAGGUGCGGGCCGGCACGGCCACCUUCCUCACCAUAGCCUGCAUACUGGCGGUGAAUGCCAGCAUCCUGACCGACUCGGGCGGCACUUGCUCUGUCAAGGACUCCAUCGAGCUCUUCUCCAACCACGCAAUUCCUGUGUCGAGCUGCACUGGCCCGACCCACCAAAUCGUCUUGCCUGACGAGUCGUGCAAAUUUCCCCCGAUGGACCUAAUCGUGGCCACCACAGUGUCAUCUUUAAUAGGGUGUCUCCUGAUGGGGACGUUGGCCAAUCUUCCCUUAGGCUUGGCUCCAGGCAUGGGCACAAACGCCUACUUCGCUUAUACCGUGGUCGGGUUCCACGGGUCUGGUAAAGUACCUUAUAAAAGUGCCCUCGCGGCCAUAUUCAUCGAAGGCUAGAUCUUUCCUCUGCUGUCGGCGGUCGGAUUACGAGCAAAACUCGCACAGCUGGUCCUGAAGACCGUCCAGGUUUCCUCGAUGGCGGGUAUCAGCUUGUUUCUCGCAUUCAUCGGGUUACAAAACAAUCAAGGAAUCGGACUCAUUGGCUACAGUCCUUCGACUCUAGUCACGCUUGGAGGCUGCCCUAUAUCUUCUAAAGUGGCUCUAGUCCCUGUCGUGAUGUUGGCCAGUGGCACAGGUGGCAUGGCGCCUCAAGGCACUGUUUCAGGUGACAUAAUGUGCUUGGGUAAUCGCAUGGAAAGCCCAACCUUAUGGCUUGGCAUAGUAGGGUUCAUAAUAAUCGCAUAUUGCCUGGUGAAUAACGUCAAAGGGGCGAUGAUAUACGGCAUCAUCUUCGUCACGGUCGUCUCGUGGCUCCGGAACACCGCCGUCACAGUGUUCCCGGACACACAGCAAGGGAAGUUGCACUACCAGUACUUCAGGCAGGUUAUGGACGUCCACUCGAUCAAGACCACGGCCGGAGCUUUGAGCUUCAAGGACAUCGACAAAGCCAGUUUCUGGGAGGCUCUAGUGACGUUCCUAUGUGUCGACAUACUCGACACCACGGGGACACUGUACUCGAUGGCCAAAUUCGCCGGCUUCACAGAUGCAAAUGGUGACUUCAAGGGCCAAUACUUUGCUUUCACGUCCGAGGCAUCGUCAAUCAUAGUAGGGUCGCUACUCGGGACUUCACCUGUGACAACAUUCAUCGAAUCGUCGACGGGGAUCAAGGAAGGCGGCCGGACUGGGCUAAUGGCAAUAACCGUGGCGGGUUACUUCUUCCUGGCCUUCUUCUUCAGGCCGUUGCUUGCCUCGAUUCCCGUGUGGGCGGUGGGGCCGCCACUUAUCCUGGUGGGGGUGCUUAUGAUGACAUCGGUGGUGGAGAUUGAGUGGGAGGACAUGAGGCAAGCGAUUCCGGAGUUUGUGACGAUAAUCCUCAUGCCGUUGACGUACUCCAUAGCCUAUGGCAUGAUCGGCGGCAUCGGGAUGUACGUCGUCUUGCACGUCGGAGACUGGGGCCGGAAAAUCUUGGGGAGGUACGAGAUUUGGAGACACAUGGGGCAAUGCAACCCGGGCAACGAGGCUUCGAAUGGGAAUGAAAACAGCAUUCGCGGGCGUGACAAGGUUCUUGAAGCUUGGUUCAAACGUAAAUAUGAAGUGCACAAAAAAAACAAAUUGAAAAACACCGUUUCUGUUUUGCUUUCGAUAGCGAAUGAUUCAACAUUUUUUUGGGAUGACACUGAUGAGAAUACUUAA